GCCCCACUUGGCAGUAUUAUUGAAACCGGCCGCGCACCUACUCUCUGCCUUCACGCGGCCACCGGCUUGGCUUGCUUAUUCAAGAGCACCCAAAAGGGCUUUCGGGCUUUCGCCAUGGAUGGAUAGCGCUAGCUAGAUAUCACUCACACAGCUACCGAGCCCCGGCCAUCACCGGCGGAGCGGAGGCCGUCGUCGUCUUGCUAGCCGGCGUGCCGAUGCUUGUCUUGCCCAUGAAUUGCUGCUAGCGGAGAGUAGCUAGCCGGCCGGAGAGAGAUUGCUAGGUAGCCAGAUAGGUGGGGAAUUGAAUCGGAGGUCUGGUGGCGGCGGCGGAAGGCGGCGGAUAAGAGGAUGAAGAAGCUCCACUGGUUGGUGCGGUUCCUGUUCGGGCCGGUGCCGGUCUACUUCUCGGCGCUGGCCAUCCUCAUCGUGCUCACCAACGCGCAGUACUUCGGGCUGGUGGGCGUCGGCGUGGCGCCGCGCGCCGCGAAGCUGGCCUCCACCACGCCCGUGGUCAGCGUCAUGAAGUACUGCGACAUCUUCCGCGGCGAGUGGGUGCCCGACGCCGAGGCGCCCUACUACAACCACAAGACGUGCCACAUGAUCCAGGAGCACCAGAACUGCCUCAAGUACGGGCGCCCCGACCUCGGAUUCCUCAAGUGGCGGUGGCGGCCCUCCGGCUGCGACCUGCCGCGCUUCGACCCGCUGCAGUUCCUGCAGUUCGUCCGCGGCAAGUCGCUGGCCUUCGUCGGCGACUCCCUGGCCAGGAACCACAUGCAGUCGCUGCUCUGCCUCCUCUCCCAGGUGGCGUAUCCCAAGGACCUGUCGGCGAACCCGUCGGACCAGAACAAGGUGUACCACUACCGGGCGUACAACUUCACCAUCAGCAUGUUCUGGUCGCCGUUCCUGGUGCGCGCGCGGGAGCCCGACCACGACGGCCCCGCGCACACGGGCCACUGGAGCCUGUACCUAGACGAGGCCGACGACAAGUGGGUCUCGCAGAUCUCCCGCUUCGACUACGUGCUGGUGUCGGCGGCCAACUGGUUCUCCCGCCCGUCCCUCUUCUACGAGAAGCGUCGCCUGAUCGGGUGCAGCUUCUGCAGCCGCCAGUACGGCGUCCCCGACCUGACGCUCUACUACUCGCAGCGCCGCGCGUGGCGCGUGGCGCUGCGCGCCAUCAACGACCUGGAGCACCUCCGCGGGCGUGUCAUCGUGCGCAUGCUCUCCCCCAUGUCGCACUUCGAGAACGGGACGUGGGACCACGGCGGCGACUGCAAGCGCACGCAGCCGCUGCGGGGGAACCAGACCACCAUGGAAGGCCGCGACCUGCACUUCUACACCGCGCAGAUGGAGGAGUUCCGCGCGGCGGAGAAGGUCGCGAGCGACAAGGGGCGGCGGCUGAUGCUCAUGGACGCCACGGCGGCGAUGCUGAUGCGGCCCGACGGGCAUCCCAGCCGGUACGGGCACUGGGCCAACGAGAAGGUGCAGCUCUACAACGACUGCAUCCACUGGUGCCUCCCCGGACCCAUCGACAUCUGGAACGACAUGCUCUUCCAGAUGCUCCUCGCCUAGUAGCAAGGAUAAGCGAUCGAUCGAACCAGCUCAACAAAUCCGUCGCCGGUAACCGUGCACAGAUUCGUUUUUUUUUUGUUUUUGCCUUUGGUUCGUUUUCUUUUUAAAGAAAAAAGGGUACAAUUUUGACAAGCAAGGAAAGGAUUCGUUCCUCCCGGAAGACGAGAUCAUCCGUUCGUUCCCCC